GCCCUCUCGCCGCUCGGGGGGUACGCGCGAUCCGGGGGCGGGAGGUGAGGCCGGCCCGGCCCGCCCCGCCGCCAGGUGCCGUACCGCGGCCCGGGAAGUGCCAUCGCGCCUCUGAGGCGGCCCGGCCCGGGCAGAGCCUUCCGACGCCGCGAUGAGCAAGAUCUCCAGGUUCUUCAAGGGGGGCGGCUCCGCGGCCUCCAAGGGCCGUGGGGGGCCCUCGCCGCAGGAGGCCCUGGCCCGGCUGCGGGAGACGGAGGAGAUGCUCAGCAAGAAGCAGGAGUACUUGGAGACCAGGAUUGAACGGGAGCUGGCGCUGGCUCGGCAGCACGGCACCAAGAACAGGCGAGCUGCUUUACAAGCACUGAAGAGAAAAAAGAGGUAUGAGAAGCAGCUGAGUCAAAUUGAUGGGACGCUCUCAACCAUUGAAUUCCAGAGAGAGGCGCUGGAGAAUUCGCACACGAACACAGAAGUGCUCAAGAAUAUGGGUUAUGCUGCACAAGCUAUGAAAAAAGUGCAUGAAAAUAUGGACUUGAACAAAAUUGAUGACUUGAUGCAAGAUAUCACUGAGCAGCAAGAUGUUGCUCAGGAAAUUUCAGAAGCUAUCUCAAACAGAGCUGCGUUUGGUGAUGAGUUUGAUGAGGAUGAGUUGAUGGCAGAAUUAGAAGAACUGGAGCAAGAAGAAAUGAACAAGAGAAUGCGAGAUGUCAGGCUGCCAAGUGUUCCAUCCACAUCGCUACCUUCUCGCCCUGUUUCAACCAGGAAGAGAGUGGAGGAUGAAGAUGACAUGAAGCACCUAGCAGCCUGGGCUUCCUAAGAGCACGGUCUUUUCCCAACAUGGAAUGUUAGAGUACAGAUGUAAAGAGCUACAAUACUGUUAUAAACUUACCAAUUUAGCAUGGUUGUAUUUCAUACACUUUUAAAAAAUAGUGAAUCUUACUAAGAAUUUCCAUGUGUGAUUUCCAUAUUACAAAAUGAAUUUUAAACCAAGCAGACGGAAAACAAUAAUUGCCAAAGCCUCCAAACUCAACAUUUAUUCCAGCCUGGGCCAGAGAUGUUUUGUUUUUAGUAUCAGUUUUUAUUAGGUUAUAUCCUGCUGUUCUGCGAGACCUUGAUGCCUCACCUGUGCACACACACAGCCGGAUGCAUUACUGCAAUUAAAAAGAUAAAUAAUGGAAGCCCCAUCCUAGGGGUGGUGUGAUUCAGGCUGUUAGCCAAACAGCUUUAUACACAGGACCAGUGAGUUCGUUUGAGCCCGAGAGCUAGUAGCUAAUCAUUUGGGCAUGGGACCAUGGCACCUUGUGGUGUUCUAGAUAUUAAGAGAAGACUCUUCUGUAGAUCUUGUAAUAGUCUAUUCACUAUUUUGUUUGUUUGUUUUAACUGUGGCAAGUGACAGCAAGACUAUACUGUGCACAGCUGUAUGGUCAACUUGAGUCGUGUUUUAAACUGUUUCCAGCUCAGCUAAAAGGCAGCUCCCCUAUGACUGGAGAAAAUAACAGUGUCCAAGAUUAUGGAGCUCCCUGCUAAAAAGUGAUUCUUUAAAAAAGCCAGAAGAGACUUAGCCUUCCUGACAUCCUUCCUUCCACCGUGGCUUUCUGGGACGAGUCUUUACUUUGGUUGAAAAUACCCAUCCUCACAAGUUGAAAUUCUACAAUUUCUAAAUAAUUUUUAUUCUGUUCCUGAAUGGCAGCAGUAUCAGUGUGUGAUAUUCAAAAUGCCUUUUUAACCCUUUCUGCUGAUCUGAACUACUUGUAAAGUUGACAGGUUGUUUUUAGUGUAAAGAACAGAUGCCACUGCGUGCUAGCCCACUACAUAUAUGGAGACAUCACUGUUAAAAUACAAUACAAUUAAAUAUGCUGGCUUGUACAAAGAAAAGUAUUUAUUCAGACUGAAUGGUAGGAGCUUGCUAUAAUUCACAAGGAAGUAGUAAAACACUGUGGAGUUUCUAGGGAAGUAGAAGCAAAGUCACAUUGAUGUUUGUUUCUUCUUUUCGAAUCGAUGCAAUUUGGUGAUGAUUGAACCCCUUGGAGAGUAGUGGGAGGCUUGCUUUCUGUAGAUCCAUAGCAACAGGAGGCUGACCAGUUACCCUGUGGGCUUUUGCCUGUGAUUUGCUUUAAUAGCCUACAGUAGGCUCCACACUGUGGUAUGUUCGGUUAGGCACAAGCUAAUGUGUGUUUCUGGACGUGGCGUUCUGGUGUGCUCAGAACCUUCCAAAUUGUGCUCUUUGAAUGAAACCCAAGAUUACUAACAUUUGUAAAAUUUCUGUUUUUCGGUACUUCAUUAUCUGUAGUGGAAUUGCUUUUGGUUUGCAUCCAUCCGAAAGCAGAACUCAUAGGAUCACAGAAUGGCCUGGGUUGAAAAGGACCACAAUGAUCAUUUAGUUUCAACCCCCUGCUGUGUGCAGGGUCACCAAGCACCAGAGCAGCAAGUCUCUGCCUUAGGUACAGAAAGUGCUGGUGGAUGCUGAUUCACAGCCCCGCAAGGCUUGGGGACGCAUCUGGGAUGUCUGAAUGCAGGCCGUGCCAGCACAGCCCUGUGCUGCGCUUGGGACAGCUGGCUCUGUGCUCUGUGAGAUGCUGUUUAGCACAUCAGCAGGCAAGAGUGAGUACUGUCACCGUGUUACUGUAAAUACACUCUCUGUUACCUUGAACGUGUUUUAUCAGAGGACUGUGGAAGCAGGUGGUGUACUGUAGCUGACCCUGGUUAAUUAUUUUAAGGUUGUUUUCUUAACAGGCGUGGACAUUUUAAACCCGGAUAGCUUGACAAAAAUAUUGAUUAAGAAAAAGAAGAGUUAAUAUAUACAUGUCUUGUAAAUAAAUAUUUUGGUGCCACGAU